CUUAACCGGUAGUUAAAGUUAAACGGAGGUUGUGGAACUAGGUCUUAAUGAAUCAGAAAAAAAUGCCCACUUUUUUCUUGCCUUUUCAGAGAUAUAGCGAUAUCUAUAGCAUGGGUUAUUCCGUAUGCCUCCAGAAAGAUAUUAUUGGAGUUGGGGGUAGGAAUGGAGAUCCUAAUAUCCGAGGAAGGAGCACAGACUCCAAAACCAGCGCCAUCUAUCGCCAAUCUGUCCAUCGGUCAACUACAAGUGAUUUGAAUAUUCGAACUUGCCGCCGCGCGAUCCAGAACGAGGUUCCCCAGAGUCGGCAACAUCUAAAGGUCCAGGAAGUGCCGAUCCACGAGAGCGUCAUCCAGAGGUACAGAGAGUAACCGCGCGGUGGACGACCACUGGUAAGUCAUUAUCUACAUUGUUUCUAUACGCGCGAAACUACGAUUAACAUCUGCGUCUGUCCGACCUACCGUAAAGUUAUACUAUGGUGGUUAUACUACGCGUCUUGCGCGAAAUCCGUCGCAAUUACCCUUGAUCGCACGGAUCGCCAGGUAGAAUC